AGUGGAACUUGGGCGAUUAUUAGUUCUAAUGCGAAGUCGUCUACUGUAACAGAAGAUGUGCAAGGUGUAGUUGAAAGUUUUUCGAAGAUCGUGUUUACAAUAAAGAUGAGCCGUAAACCUGGCAAUUACAUCUUUACAACACUGUUCCCAAUUAUUCUAUCAUCCUUCCUCAUGACUGUUACUAACUUGAUACCACUGAAGACUGGAGAAAGGGUCGUGUCAGGAUUUCUCGUUCUGGUCAUUAACUCGAUUCUUCUCACCAUUUUCAUACAGCAGAUUCCAAACAUAGCAACAACAACUGCUAUCCUUGGUAUAUAUUUGAUUGGAAAUUUAUGCAUCGACUUCUUCCGCAUGUUUAUAACAGUAGCAAUGGCCAAAAUGCAUCAUAAGUCAGAGAAGUACACGGCUGUUGGCGAGAAAGUAACUAAAAUAGCACUGAUUGUGAAACGAGUGAUGUGUUUUAAAGAUAAGCCUGUUGAGUCGGACAGACUGUCUUUGUUAAGCAUACCAACGGACGAUCUCAAGAAGAUCUCAAAGACACUCUCCCCAAAGAAAAAUAUGGUGGCGCCAGAUGAUGCUAACACAAACUUUACAGAAACUGUUAAGGUGAAGGAAUCCGCUUUGCCCGUUCUAAGUUCAAGAUACGAAGUGGAUCUACGAACUGUUAGAGCCCGGCAAGUUGAGAAAAUGGAAGAAAAGAUGGUAGACGAUAACUAUUUAACCAACAAUUUUGACGACACUAAACUUACUUGGGAUGCAGUAGCAACAAUAUUUGAUCGACUUUGGUUUAUAAUGUUUCUAAUAACGAAAAUUAUGUUCAACGCUGUUUUGAUUGGUAAUUUGUUUUAUGAGACACAAUGAGAUAAAAGCGGACAGAUAUAAUCGUUUGAAGUGCUUGCUCGCAUAUGAUUAGCAGACCUUGAUGUCGGUUUUCCAACACAACUUUUUCACUCAGAAGUGUUUUGCCUUUCCAAUAAAAAUAUAAUUUAUCGACAUUUACAUGUAACCAGCGAUAGCAAUUGCAUUUAUAAAUUAUAUCCGGAUUAAACGGUAUUUUAAACUUUGAAUAAGUAAAUGAUCAACAAUAAAACAUCAAAUUUGAGCAUAAAGGUGUUAUAUAAGACAUUAAAGGCAUCAGACCCGUUACAAAAUCUAGCAAAAAGGCGGCUAUUAAAUUUAGAACCUAUAAUGUCCGCGCAGCACUAUCCAAACCAUCUAAAAAAAUACAAAAUUUAUAAAAGAUAGAUUUCUUCAAAUCGAACUUUUACCUAGUUUCUUAAAGUCAACAAAUGGAUAUAUUGAAAAAUUCAGAUGUUUUAUGAAAGUGCAAUGCAACAGCUCUUACACCGAUGUGUUUUGUCUAAAUGCAGUACUGUUCCCGUUUAGGUGGAGACAAGCAUAAUUUAAUGUAACCCUGGUUCCAUGAUAUUAAAUCUCGGUAAACUACAGACAAAUGCACAGUACAUAAUUUUUUGUACAGAAAUAUGAAAACAUUGUCUUUCCGUUUGAUUAAUAUGUAAAUGAAAAUAUUUUGCAACAAAGCUAGGUAUUUAAAAUUUGAUCGCGAAGUGAAAAGCUAUUGUAUGUGAUUGUGUUUGUAUUGAUGGCUCGCAAAAUAAAUCGUGUUAUUCCGCAGAAAAUAAUACGUCUAUUCAUAAAUCACGUACGACUUGGCUGCUUCGCACCCGAAUAAUGUUUCUUUUAAGGUCAAUUUUUAAAACUUUAAUCUUACGUUUAAAUCGGGUAAACAUCAUUUUAUAGAAAAUACAUUUAAAAAGAAUGGCGCGAAUUAAGAUGAAAAAAGAAAAUGGAGAAGGGCAAACAAAUAAAAUUAUAAAUGUUUAUGGAAAUUUCUUGACAUGUGAAAAAUAUAUACAAAAAUAAGUAUAGCAAAUAUUUAUUUAUAUGUAAACAAGCAUGUUUUUCAAUAUCACUUCAGAUAUCACUUCGGUAUAAAGAUAUUAGGAUUUGCUUAUUUGAAAAUGUUAUUAAUAUUAAC